CGCGCCGCGACGACACCGCGCGGCUAAGACGUUACGUCACGUAGAAACGACGUGCAAAUGGUUAAUGGCCUCCAUUCGGUCGAGCUUGGCUUUAUGAGCGAGCUAGAAUCCAAUCCAAAGAAAUCACAUGAGACAUGAUGCGAUCGGCCGGUAGAAUGAUAAAAAUAUGAUCGCCUGAGCCCUGUACGAUCACGAUAGAGAUUAAUUUCCGGCCAGAGGCACCGGUCGUCCGCGAAUUAUGUGCUGAGAUUGCUUUGCACGAAGAGGAACGACGAACGGAACGCGUAACCGUUACGCAUUCUCAUCGAUCCUGCGUGCUGGUUUCGGACCUGAUGCGAAGGACGUCGAGGCUCGCCGCGACGUUGCAGGACAUAUAUUGCACUAGGUGACAUGCCUAGCAGUCGUGAUAUUGAACGAGCCGAACGUAAUGGGAAAUUUCGUUCGCGAAGAAGGGGCAGCACGAGUAGCGACGUGAAUCGCCACAGUUUCGAUGGUAACGAUAAACGACACAGGAGACAUGGCAAAAAUAAGAGCUCUGGGAAGAAAAAGAAGAAACGUUCGCGUGAUAAAUCAUUAGAGACAGUUCCAACUGUAGCUUCGUCUGUUGUGAAACCAUUGGUCGAAUAUUCGGACGUAAGUAGCGAAGAUCUCUCGGAACCCGAAGCGGGAGAAAUACAAUCGGAGGAGAGUCGCGCCAAUAGUUACACAGAUGGAGAUGUACCUGGAUCACUUCUUCCAAGACGGUAUUAUGGUGGUAGCCCGGCUCGUACUCUUGGAGCGUCGCCCAUCAGCCUAUCUCCAUCACCGUCACUUCAGCAUCGACAUUCUGGCAGACAAUAUUCUUUAUCAAAUGAACAACAACAGACGACGAUGCACGGCGCGACACCAGAGUACGAGGAAGAGUCGAGACGGUACGCCCGACGAAAGGAAAAAAAGCAUAAACGCGAGAAGAAAAAGAAGAAAAGUUUGAGUCCGUCGUCGAAUUCGGGAAAGAAAAAGAAAAGAAAAUCUAAGAGACAUUCUCAUAGCUUGAGUCCUCGCGCUCUUAUCGAUGAAAUUAUUCCAAGUCCAAACCACGAGAAACAACCAUCAGCAGCCUCUGCCAAUUGGUCGGAAUCACCACCAUUACCAUUAAAGGACAACACGUCGCCAAUCUCACCGGCUACGCCGCGUGAACAGAGGUGUCCUAGCGACGAAGUUGAGCUGGAGAUAUCGAGGCAAACAUCUCGAAACGUGACACCACCAUCUCUUUUGUCAACGCGGCAGAUAGAAUCGCCGCACACGCCGUUAAUGCCUCCAUGUGCCACAACGCCGGAAAAUUUAAGUAAAGCUGGGUCCAUUUCCAUGCCGAAGCAGCAUCCCAGUCCAGAUCGGCAAAAACGUAGUCCCAGUAUUCAUGUAACACGGCGUGUCAGCGUCAGUCCCGGACCACCCGUCAGUGCAAACCGCAGAAGGCCGCAUAGCCCGAGUCCACCAUCAAGACGAAGAGAUCACAGUCCUCCGUCGCGAAGAAGAGACUUUAGUCCUAUUCCAACACUUCACAGACUUAGACACAGUCCCAGUCCGGCUACUGUUAGACGACGAGAGUUUAGUCCAAGUCCUGGCAGUAGUCACAGGCGACGAACCGACAGCGGAGUUGGUGGUUCUCCUAAACGUAGAAGACGAGACGAGUCUGAUCGACGUCAUCGUCUUCACGAUAAGGACAGGAGGGACAAGCGGAAAUCAAGAUCGACUAGAAGUCCUACUGGAAACAGAUUGCAUUUGCCUCUAUCACGAUCGCGAUCACGUAGUCCGGGAAGAUGGCGAAAGUUGUCUCGCUCGAGAUCACGUUCGCGCCCAAGAAGAAGUCGCACUCCAAAGAGAUCGCGCUCGCCCAGCAAGUCUCGCAAGACUUUGAGGAAACUCAAGUCGAAGAGUCCGCGUCCUAGAAUACCUUCUCCUUCUCCUCACAGAUCCCGAGCUAGAAGUCCCUCGAGCAUCACUGCCCGAAAUCUUCGAGUACAAGCUAAGAUUAGCGAAACCAGUCUGUUCGCGGAACUUGUCAAAGACCGAAAUAUGAGAGAGUUGGCAUAUAAGAAACUACAGGCCGCUAAGGAGAAAGUCGGGAGUCAAGAUGAGGUACAGAUUAUAGAAAGUACCGAUGAGAAAGAUGGCGAUGGUGGCAGUGUGGCAGCCUCCGAGAAUAAAGCUUCCAUUGACAAUAAGGACAGAUCUAUAAAUCACAAGGAGCAAUACGCAAAGAUUAGCGAUAACGUAGUCGACGUCACUGAUAUUCCUGUUCCGACGAGCGACGACGGUGCUGUAGCAUGCAAAACGCCACCGUUACCACCAAUUGGUGCACCACUACCCAAUUCGAUAUCCACUGCGGUAAAUCCACUUGCUUCUCAUGCGAUCGUGCAUUCAACCUCGCCCAAUCCACCAUCGAUGAUGCCCAACAGUUGUCCGAUUGUUGUAUCGCACAGUCCGAGUUUCCCAACUUCCGCAUCUGGAAUACAACCACAACCGCCACCACCGCCGCCACCACCACCACCAUUACCACUGCCGCAAUCCGCUGAAUCUGUGCCGGCAGUCUUGACGCAAGUAUCCGCUCCUAUACCCAUAUCGGUACCGCCAAUCCCGCCGACACCGAUUUUGCCUAACAUGUCCGUUCCACCGCCACCCAUUCCACCGAUUCCCGUCCCAGCUCCCAACACGAUAAUGUCCAAGUUUAAUCCACCCAAUAAUCUUGUACCACUCAAGUCUGUGGACCCUCCCAAACCUCCUAUAGUAACAUUUACGACCAAGAGCCUAAAGAGAUUACCAUUGCCACCUGGCAUUAAUCAGAAUGAUUUGGAAAGCAUAGACUCUCCGCCGAGUCGUUCUCCCAGUCCUCCCAGUAAAGCGCAGUUGAAGUUUCCAACAUCGACAAAACCAUUGCAGAAGAAAAGUAUCAAGGAUCUACCAAUGCCACCAGUCGUACCUGGAUCGGAAGAUUUAAGCGGAGAAGAUGAUCCAAACGCAACGCCGCCACGUUUAAAGGUCGAACGAGUGGCACCAAAGCCAAAAUUGAAAAGACCGAAAAUAUUAAAACGCCGAGGAUCACGCAAUUGCUACGCUCCUAUGUCGGCUUCUGAUGGCAAGGAUUGGGGCGAACGAUGUGUCGACGUGUUUGAGUUUAUUGCACAAAUCGGAGAGGGUACAUAUGGACAGGUGUAUAAGGCACGAGACAAGCGAUCUGGUGUAAUGGUAGCUUUGAAAAAAGUCCGACUUGAAAAUGAGAAGGAAGGCUUUCCUAUCACGGCAGUCAGAGAAAUAAAGAUUCUACGACAGCUCAAUCACAAGAACAUUGUUAAUCUUAGAGAAAUCGUUACUGACAAGCAAGACGCGCUGGAUUUCCGAAAGGAUAAAGGUUCCUUUUAUCUAGUUUUUGAAUACAUGGAUCAUGACUUGAUGGGCCUGCUGGAAUCUGGCAUGGUAGAUUUCAAUGAGAUGAAUAACGCUAGUAUUAUGAAGCAGUUGUUGGAUGGUUUAAAUUACUGUCACAGCAAGAAUUUUCUGCAUCGUGAUAUCAAGUGUUCAAAUAUAUUGAUGAACAACAAGGGCGAGGUUAAACUGGCCGAUUUUGGAUUGGCACGACUUUAUAACGCGGAUGAUAAACAGAGACCGUACACCAAUAAAGUGAUCACUUUAUGGUAUAGACCCCCCGAACUUUUGCUAGGAGAAGAACGUUAUGGGCCUGCAAUUGAUGUCUGGAGUUGCGGAUGUAUCUUGGGAGAAUUAUUUUCUAAAAAACCUUUAUUCCAGGCCAAUAUAGAUGUAAUGCAGCUGGAGAUGAUUUCGAGAGUUUGUGGGACGCCCACUCCUGCUGUUUGGCCUUCUGUGAUAAAAUUACCACAUUGGCAUACGCUUAAGCCAAAAAAACAGCAUAGAAGACGUCUGAGAGAAGAUUUCUCAUUUAUGCCAGGAGCAGCCUUGGAUCUCCUGGAUAAAAUGUUGGAAUUAGAUCCUAAUAAGCGGAUAACGGCGGCUGAUGCGCUUAAAAGUGCUUGGUUGAAAAACGUUCAGCCUGAACAGAUGCCAGCGCCGCAGCUUCCGACUUGGCAAGAUUGUCAUGAACUCUGGAGUAAAAAACGGAAGCGCUUGUUACGGGAACAGCAAGAGAGUGCUGCAGCAAAGUUGCCUCCUCUCCUUCCCUUUUCGAAUAAAGGUCCCAACAAGGAUGAUUUAUCAGACGUCGGGGGAUCCUCUAAACGACUAAAGAUGGAAGCAGGCUAUAAUUCGCACCCGAGUAGGCUUGUCGCGGAAGCUCAUUAUGGUGAAGAUAAUUUGUUUAAUCAAAGCGGACCGUACAUAGUAUCUACACCAUCGUACUACUUUAACAAUUCACCCAUUAAGUCGCAAUCGAAUCUAAAGGGGGAUAAUCAACCGUUGGAAAUGUGUACAGAAGAUAAUCUUGCCCGGAGAUUAAUGAUUCUUACGAAUGCCUUAAAUCAGGGAAAACCAAUUCGAGUGGACGAUCUUCUUUCGUUGCGAUCAGAUCAGAGUGAGUGUGAUCCCAAGGUGGGACAAUUGCUGACCGAUUUGCGUGCGGAGCUUCGUCUUGUCGCGAAUGCUCGACCAGGCGGACAACUGGAUCCUCAUCUUCCUAUAUUGAAUCCACCUCUUCUAGACACGAGUACACCGCAUAUGCCAGGCAAUUUCGAUGCUCACGCGGUGUACGCCGGUGAUGAUGCCGUGAGCUCUCAUGGGCGAUGGUCCCAAUUGGCCACUGCUGGUGUUCGGAAUGCUCUGUCGGCGCUCAUAUCAUAUCAUGGUCUGGAUAACACCUAUAAUCCCACUACUGCAUCUGCUAUCGGCCGACUGCCACCAAAUAAGCCAUCUGGACAAACCAACCUGGCGCAGAAUCUUUUCCUACCCUCGACUUCCUCGCAACAAACAUUUAGUUCGUAAUAAUUUUACAAACUUGUCUCAUGGUACAUGACCGUGUUUUAUGUACGUUAUAUGUAUGCUUGCGCGUCUGUAUGUGCGUGUGUAUAAAAUCAGAAGGAAUCUAUAUAAAUCGCUAUUUUUUAAAUUAUGCUAGUGACAGAGAGAGAGAGAGAGAGAGAGAAAGAACGCGCACGUGUGCGCACGCCUGUAUGUGCAUAUAUGAAAGAGAAAGAGAAGAAAAAUAUGGUAGUCUGUUAUAAUCAUAUCAUCGAUUUGUUUAUAGUCUUCAUUAUCAUCACUCCAUUAAUCCUAAAUGCACGUUCAGUGUAUAAUAUAAUUGUACUAUACGCGACCAGAUACUUAAUUAGAAUAUGACUUUUCUCCCCAAAUGACAAUGGUAUUGUAAUUAUUAUAAUACACUAAAUUACUAACUAUACAACUAAAUACAAUUAU